GCCCUGCACUUAUGGACGUCCUUAGUUUGGAAGUGCCUUUGGGCCCCAUUUUGGGCGAAGGCACAAGUGGUACAGUGCAACCGUUGGCACAAGACACCUUCGGUCGCUUCGUUGUGAAACGAAUCAAGAAGUCCGAGGAUAAGCAGGUGGUUACCGAAGAGGUGCGAUUGCUGAAGUUGGCAUCUGCCGAGUGUCCCUAUGUCCUGCGCUUUGCCUUUGCCUUUGAAACCCCCACAGAGCUCCUGGUGAUUACAGAGGCUUGCGACUUGCCCCUUUGGGAUGCCUUGGUCCACGCGAAGGAGUGGCAGGACCAAUCCCUAGCAUCGACUGGCCUCAUUGAGAGGCGUUGCUGGAGCGCUGGGCUUUGCUCAGCAGUCUGCCACUGUCAUAGCCUGCGAAUACUUCACCGGGACAUCAAUCCAUGGAACGUACUCCUCGUCAAAGAGAGUGGAAUUUGGUCCCCUCGCCUGGGUGACUUCGGCUUGGCAGUGGAACUACAAGGAGAGGAACUUCAAGGGACUGAGGCAACUAGCGAUGGUGUCGCUGCUUUGGAUGACUCAGCUGUGGGAUCCCUGUACUCCGCCCCCGAGUUGGGCAAGAGAUAUGGAUUUCCAGCUGAUGUCUUCAGCUUGGGGAUGACCCUGGUAGCGCUUUGGGCAUCUGCCUCCAUGGAUGAGGGUAAACCUGCCGUUCCAGUAUGCUUGUUCCACAUUGACAUGUCCUCCAGAUUUGGCCUCCGCAGCAUUUUAAGCCGUCGCACAUUGUGA